CUGCGGUACCAGCUUCUCUUGAUAGAAGCGCGCCCAUUAAGGCUUGGGCAGCGCACGGAACUCAUACGCGUUGGCUCUGCCUAUUCUUACGGUACCUUCUAAAGUGAUGGACAUUGGCAGAUGAUUUUCGGAGGCCUUGCUCCCCUUUUCUUCCUGGCCGCCGCGGGCCGGGCGAUCGCGCAAGAGACGAGCUGCGCAGCGCCAUGUCCCCUGUCGCGGGCGGACGCGGAGGCGAUCCUCGCCCGCCAACAGGCGCGGAGCGCCACGCUGGCCGCGGCGGUGCCGCCGAAACUCCUCGCCAAAGUAAAAAAUACGCAACAGCGUCGCCGCGUCAAGGGGGAGUUUCACGAUCAGUUCGCCGCGUCCAAGGUCCUCGCGUGGGCCGUGACGGCGCCAGGGUCUGCGGCGGGCGACAUCCUCGAAAUCGGGGCCUCAAACGGCGCGGGGACCACGGGCAUCCUGGCGCGCGCCCUCAAGGCCGCGAUUGCCGCCGGCACCUCGUCGGAAAACCGGCGCCUCCUAUCCCUCGAAGUCCGACCGGAAAAAUUCCUCGUGGGCGAGGCGUUUCGGAAGGCGCAGCGGUGGCCGUCGCAACUCAUGCUUGCGUCAAGCAUCAACGAGUCUCAAUUUCCAUCGCAGCACGACCCGCAGCGACCCGAGUCCGCCACGUGGCUUCGUCGCGAGAGGGAGUCAGCGCGGGAACAUCAGGUCGGUGUCCUCGGUCCGCUCUGCGCGUCGCGCCGUUACGGGCUUCUCAACGUCGAUGGUGGCGCGUUCACCGGGUGGGCCGAGUGGGAUAUUAUUCGCCAGCUUUGCUCUCGCGUCGCGUGGGUCGCCCUGGACGACACAGACUUCAAGACGCGCAUGAUGCUCGAAUACGCCCGCGCCCACCCAGCCGAGUGGGAAGUGGUCUACGAAGAAACCGUCUCCCAAGAACUCAAGGGUGGCAUGCUUAUCAAGCACUACAGGACUGGCUCGCGAAGCGCACGCGGCGAGCACAAAGCCACCCUCGACGCGCUCGUCGCGGCGCCUGUUCGGGCCGGCGCGACACCCCUCUACCGGAACUUUGCGCUUCUCCGGAACCGAGCAGCGCCAGGAGAGUAGUAGUUGAGGGUGGGUUGCUGCAUAAUUAUUAUGACUGCC